AUGGACUAUCACGAGACCCAGCAGGGAGAAGCUGGCCAGCAAAACAACCAGAGCAACGAACCGCUGGCCCAGGAAACUGCAGCUAACGCAGCCAACAUGAACGUGCUGAACCAGAACCAGCCGGCGCAGAAGUCCAGCAAGAACAAGCAUAGGGACGUGACCACCAAGGGCAAGUACUCGUUGAACGACUUCCAGAUUCUUAGAACUUUGGGCACGGGCUCUUUUGGCCGUGUGCAUUUGGCCAGGUCGGUCCACAAUGGCCGUUUCUACGCCAUGAAGACGUUAAAGAAGGAGAGAGUCAUCAAUAUGAAGCAAGUGGAGCAUACCAACGACGAGCGCAGAAUGUUGAAGCUUGCGCAGCAUCCGUUUAUCAUCCGCAUGUGGGGCACGUUCCAGGAUUGCCAUAAUUUGUUUAUGAUUAUGGAUUACAUAGAAGGAGGCGAGCUUUUCUCUUUGUUGCGCAAGUCCCAGAGGUUCCCUACGCCUGUGGCUAAGUUUUAUGCUGCCGAAGUGUUUCUCGCUAUCGAAUACCUUCAUAACCUCGAUAUCAUCUACCGUGACUUGAAGCCAGAAAAUAUUCUUUUGGAUAAGAACGGUCACAUCAAACUCACGGAUUUUGGGUUUGCUAAAGAGGUCACUGACGUCACUUACACCUUGUGUGGUACACCGGAUUACAUUGCGCCAGAGGUGGUGGCCACCAAGCCUUACAACAAGUCUGUCGACUGGUGGUCUUUCGGUAUACUCAUUUUUGAAAUGCUUACAGGCUACACGCCGUUCUACGACCCUACGCCCAUGAAGACAUAUGAGAACAUCUUGAACGGAACCAUCACCUACCCUGACUACUUGCCUCCAGAUAUUCUUGAUUUGCUUCAGAAACUUAUUGUGAAGGACUUGACACAGAGACUAGGUAACCUUCAAAACGGGUCCGACGACGUGAAGAACCAUCCUUGGUUCAAGGAAGUGAUCUGGGAGAGACUCCUUUCUAGAGAUAUUGAAACGCCUUACGAGCCUCCCAUCACGUCUGGUGUGGGUGACACAUCCCAGUUUGACCGCUAUCCUGAGGAUAAGGAACUUGACUAUGGUAUAACGGGCGUGGACGAUCCGUACGGAGAGCUCUUUGCUGACUUUUAA